AUGGCGGAGGUGCCGCUGCCCGCCGGGCUCAACGCCAAAAGCUUUCCCGCCAAGCUGUGGCACCUUGUCAAUAGCCCCCGCGUCCUCUCUGUGCGCUGGGACAACCAAGCCCAGGGGCUGCUCAUUGACCGCUCCCUCUUCGAGCGGGAGCUGCUCAGGCCGGGCGGCGACCAGGGGCCAGCCCCGCACACCUUCAGAGCCACUCAGUUCCGCAGCUUCGUCCGCCAGCUCUACCGCUACGGUUUCCGCAAGGUGCUGGGCCGGGCUGGCGCGGCUGCGCCGGGUGGUGCCGGGGCCUGGCUCCACUACACAAACCCCUGCUUUCGCCGCGACUGCCCCGAGCUCCUGCGCCGCAUCAAGCGCCGGACCGCGGCCAACAGGCAGCCGCCGCCGGCGGGCGGGGACAGGCGCAGGUGCUUCCGGCAGCUCCCGAGGGCGCGGCCGCUGCCGGACGGGCGGGCGAGACGCAGUGGCUUCAAGGCGCUCCCCAAGGAGCGGCCGCCGCUGCCGCCCAGGCCCCUGCCCAGUGGCUUCCUCCUGCUGCACAGGGAGCGGACGCUGCCGGACUGGCGGGAGCUGCGCAGGCCCCAGCCCGGCCGCUUCCAGCAGCGCCCCAAGGAGCGGCCGCUGCUCACCCGGCGCCCGCCCUGCGGCUUCCACCUGCUGCACAGGGACCGGCCGGGGCCGGCCCGCUGCGAGGGGCCGAGCCGUUUCCAGGAGCUCUACGGCGAGCGGCCGCUGCCCGCCGAGCGGGAGCUGCUCCGAAUCCCGCCCUGCGACUUGCUCGGGCUCCACGGGGAGCGGCCGCUGUUUCUCGGCCGGGAGGGGCCCCCCAGCCACUUCCAGGAGCUCUAUGGGGAGCAGCUGCCUCUGGCCGACCGGGAGGUGGUCAGGAGCCAGCCCUGCAGCUUCCAGCAGCUCCACAGGGAGCAGCAGCCCCCAGCCUACAACCCACCAGCCACUCCGGGCACGUCAGCCUCCAGUGCUCCACCUGACAGUGCCGCCUGUGCAACAGCAUCAACGGCCUCAGCAGGGAGCGCACUUAAGGAAGAGGAAUCUCCACCGCUGGAUCUUGGCCUAGCUGUGGAGAAAAUGAUUCGGGAGAUCAGGAGAUCCCUGUCUGAGAAGUCUCCCUCUGCUCAGGGGAAUAUUCAUGUUGCCUCCGAGUCCUCAGGAGGGGAACCCGUGAACGAGGCUGCAGCAGAGGAAGCUUCAUCUGGCACCGAGAACUGCGGUGACAGUUCCCCAGAGCCUGAGGAGCCUGAUGCCUGAGAGACGUCUCCUGGAGGGCUGCCCUGCACGGCAGGAAGAGACAGAGGGAGGGCCUGUGACCAUCAGGCAGGCACAAUCCCUCUGUUUUACCUGUAUAGCUUUCUGUAGUUCUGUAGUUCUACUUAGUAGUGCUUAUAGUUACGUUUAUAGAUUCUAAUGCUCUGUUUCUAUAGAUUGAAUUAUUUAAUAUAUUUAUAUAUAAUAUAGAUUCUAUAGAAGCUCUCUGUUUAGAGAUCUGUCUAGUUAA